ACGGCAUGAUGGAGACGUUGAAUAAGUUCGGCCUCGCGCACUGCGAUCUGCCGACCAUGAUGUGGAAUGUCGCAGUUGCGCUGCGAGUGGUGGCGGUGAAGAUCGAGGGUGGCGCCAAAUCAAUCCCGAUAUUCUUCUACCUUCUGGCGACGGUAUCCAUAGUGAUUUACUUCUUCAACUACCACGCGUCCGUGAUCGUCUUCGUGUUCGUGGACUGCCGUGAGACGGGCGACAUCCUGGCCGGCAUCAUGGUGGUAUCCACCAGCUUGACCGGCUUGAUUGGCAUCAACAAGCUGAUGUACAUGCUGAUGCAUCAGGACAAAGUGCAAUCAUUAGUGGCUGACUACAUAUCCUAUGACCGCAUGCCCCUCUGGCCAGGCACCGCUGCCCUAAUGGCCGACCUCAUGAGGAAUGUUAAAAAGAGACUGAUAUUGUUCUGGACUGUCACGAUGGGCAACGCUUUCAUCUUUAAUUUGCAGCCACUUGUGAUGCCGUCGAAACUUAAUUUGUAUGACAAACACGUGGUGUAUGGUUUGAAAUAUAUCUUGGGCAUAAAAAAUUACCCGAUCGCUAUAUGCAAUAUAGCCAUCAGCACUUACUUUAUCUGCUACGUAACCUCAAGUAUCGGAGGUUUCCUCAUCGUAACCACUGGUUACAGUGAAGUAAGAUUGCUGGCUCUCGGCCAAGAAUUGCGAGAUCUCUGGAGCGAUGCGCUUAAACACUACAGUGAGAAUUUUGAAGGCGAUAGUGAAGAUAAAGAAGCAGAAAAGGAAUUGAAUGAUUAUGUUAAAUAUCGCUUGCAAAUCAUAGUUAAAAGCCACGCAAUUAAUAUUGAUGUUAUAGAGAAGCUUGAAGGUUUAUUCCGUAAAGCGAUUGCAGUAGAAUUUAUUUUGCUUACAGCAUGUUUUAGUAUUGCUCUCUUAGGAGGGUUGGAGGACACCUAUAUAAUCUUACCUUUUUCCAUGAUGCUAGUGGGUAUGGACUGCUAUUUGGGGCAGAAGUUGAUGGAUGCUUGCAAAGUUUUCGAGGACGCUAUCUACGAUUGUAAGUGGGAGAAUUUCGAUGUUCAAAAUAGGAAGACGGUGCUGUUGCUGCUGAAGAUGUCUCAGAGAACGCUGUCCCUGUCGGCGGGUGGCGUGGCCACGCUCAGCUUUGAGAGUUUAAUGGCCAUGUAUAAAGCUGUGUAUUCCGCUUAUACAACUUUACGAUCAACGAUGGAAUAAAUGAAAA